GUUUGACAUGUACCUGAGCGAUCGGAGCCCAUUACCACUUAACUAUAAUCCUUUGCUCAUAAUGAAGCAUGACAAGAGAAAUGAAUAUCAAAAUCAGCUUGUGCGUGCCACAAACUUAGUGAUAAGUUCUAUGAGAUUUUGGCGUUCAUUACAAGCAGAUCUCUUAGAACCCGAGAUUUACCAUUUGAAUGCAAAGAAAAGUGACACCCAAGGUUUUCGGAAUUUAGUGCGACUCGUGCCGCGUAAUGUAGCCACCUAUGCAGCAUAUGCUUUUAAGGCUUUUCCAUUGGAUAUGAGUCAGUAUAGCAGAUUGUUUGGAGUAUCUAGAAUACCAGGGAAAGGAAAAGAUUGGUUGGUGCAGCAUGAAAACUCAAAACAUAUAUUGGUUAUGCGUGGAGGAAACAUGUAUUCUGUAGAUGUGUUGGACAAAGAUGGCAACAUAGAACAACCUAGAGUGAUUAUGCGUCGUUUAAAUGCCGCUUUAAAUUUGGAUAAACAGGCCGGACCGUCUCCCGUGCCCAUUGGUGUUUUGACAUCUAUCAACCGAGAUGAAUGGGCCACCGUGCGGCAGCAUUUAAUCGAGAAUUUGGGAGCAGAAAACAAACGUUUAAUUGAAACGGAAGUGGAUUCGGCGCUAUUUUGCUUAUGUUUCGAUACUCCAGAUGAUCCCGUUUAUAAUGAAGAAAAUUUUGUACCAUUGCUAAAGCACCUACUUGCUGGAGAUGGAAAAAAUCGCUGGUUCGAUAAGUCUGUGUCACUAAUAGUAAGCGCGGAUGGUACAGCUGCAUUAAAUUUCGAACAUUCUUGGGGCGAUGGUGUUGCGGUCUUGAGAUAUUUUAAUGAAAUAUAUAAAGAAACAACCGAAAAUCCUUUUGCAAGUCCUAGUUUGGAGUUAGGCAAUGCGGGAGACACAAAUGCCGUAAGGUCAAUCACACUAAAGACAGAUGAACUAAUAAAAAGUGCGGUAGAGAAAACGGUUUUUACUAAUAACCAAUUAAUGAAGCGGCUUAAUAUAGACAUGCUUCGUUAUCCGCAGAUAAACAAGGUUUUAUGCAAACAGCACGGCUUAAGUCCUGAUGCGAUAAUGCAACUUUCUUUUCAAAUUGCAUACAAACGUGCAUUUAACGGUUAUGUUGGCACUUAUGAAUCGUGUAGCACGGCUGCGUUUCGACAUGGUCGUACUGAGACUGUGCGACCGUGCACCAUGGCAACAAAAGAAUUUUGUGAGAGCCUUAUGCAAAGCCAAAGUAAGAAUCUUGAAUCAAAAGAAUUAUAUAGUUCUAUUAAACGGUGUUCCGAAGUGCAUAACAAGUUAGUGAAAGAGGCUGCCAUGGGGCAAGGCUUCGAUAGACACUUGUUUGCCUUAAAACACCAAGCUUUAGUACAUGGUAAACGUUUACCACAAAUAUAUGACAGCGAAGCAUAUGCAAAAAUCAAUCACAACAUAAUCAGUACAUCAACAUUAUCUUCAAAUGCUUUGCUGGCGGGCUCAUUUGGUCCUGUAGUUGCGGAUGGAUUGGGUAUUGGAUAUUCAAUACAGGAUGGCUAUUGUGGUGCGAUAGUAUCGUCUUACGAACAACAGCGUGAUGGAAAAGAAUUUGUUCACAACCUUGAAGCAGCAUUAAAAGACAUACACACUAUUUUAAAUACAAUUAAUUAGCAUGAGUUAUGUUUUUUAAAUAAAUUUUUAAACAGACAAUUAUUUUUAAUCCGUAACUGUCUGAGCUAUGUA